CUUCAGUGAGGUCAUAUAAUAGGAGCAUGUGAUUAGAUAGCGUUUGCAGUUAUCAUCUUCUUAUAGUUAUAACGUAUUUUCUCUUUACCAAAAGUAAAUUAUUAUUUUAUAAACUAUUAUAUCUUGUAAUUAAUUUAAUAUAUUAAAAUAAUUUAGAAACUUGAAUCCAGUACAUUUAAUUAUAACUUAUAUUGUAUAAUUUAUUUUUCGAGAAAAAUAUACAUUUCAACAAUAUGGCAACGUUAGAUGUAAAAAAAUUGAAAAUUACAGAAAGACCAUUAUAUGUACCAAGUCUUCAUGAAAUAAAAAAUGUUUUAGAAGAAGGAUUAUCUACAAAUUUUGCAGAAGUCAAAGUAGAAGUUGUAGAUUGUCCAGAUUUAACACAGAAACCAUUUUUACUUUCUGCUUCAGGAUUAAGUGGCAACCCUACGAUUCUUGAAUUCGGAGGUCCAUCUUAUCUAUUGCCUCUUGUUCAAAGGGAUAAGAUAUAUGACAUUCGUCAGCUUCUCGAACACUUAAACUAUUCUGAUAAGGCUUUUGUUAUUGGUGCAGGUGCUGGACCAUGGCCAUAUUUAAAUUGCAAUUGUGAAUUAAUGAUGAAUUUAGUAAUUUCAUCAUCUGAAAUAAAGAAUGAAACACGUAUUGCUUCAGUUGAUAAGUCGAGUGAAAAAUGUACACUUGAAAUAUUAAAUGGCAAUGAAACACGACUUGCAUUGUUAGCAAAUCUUUUUUUAAGUCAAGGUGAAACAGGAUCCGUUUUAAAAGUGCAUGUUAAAAAGCGCAUUGGAGAGGAUGAUUUUGUAGCUUCUAUGCAAAAAGCACUUGCACACCAUUAUGAAAAUAAACUUGUUGGCAUUGGUGGAACAUUUUUAAUUAACAAAGGAAAAGUAAAACAGCAUGUAAUGCAAGAUUUUUCUACUAAAUCAUUAAAUAAUGUACAGCAACUAAAUGAUUGGUUACGUUUUUAUAAUAUGUCAACUCCUCUUGUUGCUGUUGGAACAUUUGUGAGUUCAGAAACAGAUUUAGAUCUGAGAGUUCAACAUUUUCACAGUUUCUCACACCAUGGUGAAGGAGGACAUUAUCAUAUUGAUACUACUCCUGAGACUAUAGAAUAUUUGGGAUAUUUUAAUUUAGGAAACAAUUUAUACCGUAUCGAUCAACCAGACAAAAGUUUAAAAUUUGGAAAGGACUAACUUAUUAUAUGCAUAUAAACUAUUGGUUUGCUCAAUAAGAGUAAUAUCAAAAUAUUUAAUAUAAAAUACUACUGCUUUUUAUUUAUAUAUAAAAUACGAAAAUACGGAAAAUUUUGAUAUUACUUAUUAGUUAAUCCAACAUUUACAUAGUUUUAUUAUCACACAUACAUACAUACUCACACAUACGUACAGAGAGAGAGAGAGACCCAGCAUGUAUAUAUGUAUGUGUGUUUGUGUGAGGACAUGCACAGGUGAUAUAACUAUACUUAUUGACAAUAAUAUAUUUUAUAA